UCGCUUAGCUACGCUACUAUAAAUACUGGCAGCCGGUCGAGCAGAGCACAGUUGCAGCUCAGCAUUCUGUCUGAGAACAUCACAGAAUACGCGCAUAAUGAAGUCUUUUGGCGCAGUCAUUUUAGUGGUUUGUGGCGUUCUAUGCGUCGCUGCCGAUCCCCAACACACCUACGACGGACGCGAUGGGCCCCAUGUAUUUGGAUCUCCUGGCAAUCAGGUAUAUAUCCGGGGACAAAAUGAAGGCCCCUACAGUGUGCCCGGAGUAGAAGGCAAAUUUCAAAACACUCCAUCGCGGGGCGAACACGUCUACACGGAUGGGAGUGGCAACACAUUUGUGAACCGAAAGAAUGCCGGAGGACAAGGUACGCACACCAUUAGCGGUCCUGGGUUUACCGCCACAAAUGGACAGCAUAAAAUUGUUAGUGGAAACAACGCUGGCAGUGGCUUGAACGCUGGACGCCGCAGCCGACGAGAACCCCAAUUUCACGUUGAGCGUCCUGGCCGAACAGUAGAUGUAGGUCCUGGAGGAUAUGUUGUUCAACGUGGACGUCGUAGCCCACAACUUCACGUGGAGCGUCCCGGUCGUACAGUAGAUGUCGGUCCUGGAGGAUAUGUGAUUCAACGUGGACGCCGUAGCCCACAACUUCACGUGGAGCGUCCCGGUCGUACAGUAGAUGUUGGUCCUGGAGGAUAUGUUAUUCAACGUGGACGCCGUAGCCCACAACUUCACGUGGAGCGUCCUGGUCGUACAGUAGACGUCGGUCCUGGAGGAUAUGUUAUUCAACGUGGACGCCGAGGCAUUAAUGAUGCUCGUGUGCAAGGAGAGAACUUUGUAGCCCGUGGGGAUCAGGCUGGCGUGUGGAACAAGAAUGUUUCAGUAUGGAAGCGUCCAGAUGGACGCACUGUAACGCUCGACCAACACGGAAAUGCGAUUGUCUCAGGUCGAGGUCGACCAGAUCAGCGUUACUCCAGCUAAUUCAUUAGGAAUAUUCAACUUUAAAUACAAAUUGAUACUUAAAUCAUACAAUUUUAUGAUAAUAAACAAAUUUAACAAAA